AUGGAGUUAGCUAGGACCAUAUACAUCGACGUUAUUGGAACAGGCGGCCAAUGGGAUUGGAAAAAUAUAACGCAGGCUAUAGAAGCAGGCAAGCAGAGGAUUAUUCAAAUUGUAAAAGGCUUUGGCGUAAAGGCAAACCUCAGCGCAGAUGACGUAGAAGCUACAUUGCGUAGCGUUAAAAGUUUUCUUGAUCAAGGUCCGUCCAAGAUUGAUCAGGAAGUUAAGGGAACUGAAGUGGCUGGUGUAAUUGAGACUAAAGCGACAUCCGGCAAAAAUACGAAUAACCAACAUCUGAUAUCCGCCAUCAAAGCCAUAUUCGGAUCCAUCUGUGCCAAAGCCUCCGCCGCCUCUAAAGAUAUUCAAACGCUAAUAGAGGAACCGAACAUCAGCAACCUGAAACAGGCUCUCACCACUUCUCCAAUCCUCGUUGCUAAACUUGGCAAGGCGGAUGCCCAUGCAGUUGACUCAGCUAUUUAUCAAGUGAGACAUAACGUUGAGGUACUUGAGGGAAGAUUCAGGACCCACGUCAAACAUGGCCUUGAUCCUGCCGUUCAAGAGUUCAACACUGAAGCUCAAGAGCAGAUCAAAGCAAUAAAUAAGGCCAUUGACGAAGCCGUUGCAAAUUUUCAGAUGACCGCUGAUGGAACUCAGAUUGACGUGGUUAAAACAUGA